AUGCCGUACGGUAACGCGUGGCGCGACCAGAGAAAGAUCUAUCAAACACUCCUCAGUGUCAGUGCAGUUGGGUCAUUCCGACCAAUGCAAGAGGCUGAAGCGACUCUUACACUGCAUCAUUUGAUGGAAACUCCCGGAAAAUAUUAUGAUCAUCUUCGUCGCACCGCAACAGCUGUCAUUCUCUCCUCGGUAUUCGGGAUCCAGGCACUGUCCUUCGACGACCCCAAGAUCCAACGUCUUUACCACGUGCAGGAGCAAUUCACAGCGAUUGCUGAAACCGGGGCAUCGCCACCUGUGGACAUAUUUCCAAUCUUUAAAUGGCUCCCCAAUUUCAUGGCUCCCUGGCGGGAACGGGCACUGCAGAUUCGCCACGAACAGCGAGAGCUAUAUUUUGAACUCCUACGAGAUGUUCAAGAAAGCAGAUCAAAAGGUAUCAGGCGUAACUGCUUCAUGGAUCAACUCCUGGAGGAGUCGGCAAGAAGUAAACACAAGUUAGAUGAUGAGCACCUUGCUUAUAUUGGGGGUGUCCUGAUGGAAGGUGGCUCUGAUACGACUGCGGCUAAUUUGCUUUCGUUUCUCCUUGCAAUGGUUAAGUAUCCCCAUGUGUUACGGAAAGCCCAAGCUGCCGUCGACGAGGUUUGUGGCACGCAACGCUCUCCCACGUUUGAUGAUCUUGCUCGGCUACCAUACCUUAAAUGCUGCGUUGAUGAAAUCUUGCGCUGGAGGCCGGCUGCACCUUCUGGUAUACCACACAUGUUGAUCCAAGGUCCUGUUCCCCAUGCCACAUUGAGAAUCAAGGCCCCUCUUUCCUCAGCAUACACAGUUUCUAAAUAUCAGCAGAUGAUACAUAUGAGGGCCACCAUUUUCCAAAAGGCACAACUGGCGAUUCAUCAUGAUCCAGAACUGUACGAAGACCCAAAUGAAUUUAUUCCAGAGCGAUACGAAUUACAGGAGUUUGGAUUCAAACCGGGAUUUGAAGUGAGCGAGGGCCUUCGGAAAACGUAUGGAUUUGGAGCCGGCAGGCGGGUUUGUCCUGGGUCCCACCUGGCAACAAAUUCUUUAGCCAUCAAUACAGCUAAGAUCAUAUGGGCAUUUGAUAUCCGCCCGGGGAAAGAUCCAAUCACAGGACUUGACCUGACGCCUGACGACAUCAGCGUCGACAUAGAAAAGCAAUGGACGAAUGGGAUCUUAGUUGCCCCGAAGCCGUUUCCAGUGUCGCUCACUGUGCGGUCGGACAUUCAUCGGACAAUCAUCCAAGAGGAGCUUCGACGAUCUCAUGAGGCAUUCCAGGGUUAG